UCCAUGGCGGGCCCCGAGACCCCCGCGGACGUGGCUUCGGCCUCCAGCUCGUCGCUCUUCCGCCUCCGCCACCUCCGCCUGGGGCUGGAUCUGCGGCCUGAAGCCCGGGCCUUGGCCGGCUGCUUGGUGCUGGAGCUUUGCGCCCGGCAGGUGGUGGCCGGUGGCGGCGGCGGCGGCGGCGGCACGGAGGGUCACCAGCCCCACAGCCGCCGCCGCGCCCUGGUGCUCGACACGCACCCGGCCUUGCGAGUCGCCUCGGUCGACUUCCGACCUUCCUCGGCCGGGGAGAAGCGCUGCGGCUUCGUCUUCUCCUCCUCCUCCUCCUCCGCAGUGCCCCCUCCACCCGUGCCCACCUUUCCAGAGCGUGCUCCGGCCUCCGCCUCCCCUUGCCCGCUUUUCUUCAGAGUGGACCCCUUUACAGAUUACGGCUCGGCUCUCACCAUCUCCUUACCGUCUUCUCUGGAACCUCACCAGCCUUUCCAGAUCAUCAUUCGCUAUACCACAGUUGAUGCGCCAGCCAUCUGGUGGCUAGAUCCAGAGCUGACGUAUGGUAACUCCAAGCCAUUUGUCUUCACCCAAGGCCAUUCCGUGUGCAACCGCUCCUUCUUUCCCUGCUUCGACACGCCGGCUGUGAAAUGCACCUACUCCGCCAUUGUCAAGGCUCCUACAGGUAUGCAGGUAUUGAUGAGUGCUACCCAAAGUACCUAUGAAGAACAAGAAGGUGUAUACCAGUUCUACAUGGAGUACCCCAUUCCUGCUUAUCUGGUGGCAUUGGUGGCAGGGGACCUUGUACCUGCAGACGUUGGUCCUAGGAGCAAAGUGUGGGCUGAGCCAUGCCUGCUGUCAACAGCUAUCAGCAAACUUUCGGGCAGGGUUGAGGGCUGGCUCAGUGCUGCAGAGAGUCUCUACGGCCCCUAUAUAUGGGGCAGGUACGACAUAGUUUUCCUCCCUCCCUCAUUCCCCAUUGUUGCCAUGGAGAAUCCAUGCCUGACCUUCAUCAUCUCUUCCAUCCUGGAGAGCGAGGAGUUCCUCAUCAUCGACGUCAUCCACGAGGUGGCCCACAGCUGGUUUGGCAACGCAGUCACCAAUGCCACGUGGGAAGAGAUGUGGCUGAGCGAGGGGCUGGCUACUUACGCUCAGCGACGGAUCACCACUGAGACUUACGGUGCUGCCUUCACCUGCUUGGAGACUGCCUUCCGCCUUGAUGCCCUCCACAGACAAAUGAAACUCCUUGGAGAGGAUAACCCUGUCAGCAAGCUUCAGGUGAAGCUGGAGCCAGGUGUGAAUCCUAGCAAUCUCAUGAACCUCUUCACAUAUGAGAAAGGUUACUGCUUUGUUUACUACCUGUCCCAGCUCUGCGGAGACCCAACGCGCUUUGAUGCCUUCCUCCAAGCCUACAUCGAGAAGUACAAGUUCACUAGCGUUGUGGCCCGAGAUCUCUUGGAUUCCUUCCUGGCUUUCUUCCCAGAACUGAAAGAACAAUGCAUCGAGAGCAAAACAGGACUAGAGUUUGAACGUUGGCUCAAUGCAACGGGCCCUCCUUUAAUCGAGCCAGACUUAUCUCAGGGAUCCAGUCUGACCAGCCCAGUGGAGACACUCUUCAAUCUCUGGACCACGGAGCCUCUGCAUGCUGCGGCCACUGCGAGCAGCGUCAACAUAACGGAGUGGAGGACAUUCCAAACGGUGCUUUUCCUGGACAGGCUAUUGGAUGGGUCACCGCUGCCUCAUGAGGUGAUUUCGAAGCUCUCUGAAUGCUACUCAGCCCAGCUGGACAGCAUGAACGCAGAGAUUCGUAUCCGCUGGCUGCAGAUCAUUGUCCGCAACGACUACUACCCCGACCUUCACAAAGUCCGGCGCUUCUUGGAAAACCAGAUGUCCCGGAUGUACACGAUUCCAUUGUACGAGGACCUCUGCACUGGCACCCUGAAGUCCUUUGCCUUAGAAGUUUUCUACCAGACCCAAAACCAGCUGCACCCUAACUUGCGGAAAACCAUUCAGCAGAUCUUGACCCAGGGCUUGAACCCGUUGCUUGGCAUGGACACAACAGCUGUUGCUGCGGACGCCCCGGCUGCGGGGCUUGAGGACAACCCCCCCGAAGCUGCACAUGGUGCCAUUUCUCUCAGGGACGUAAAUGUGUCUGCUUAGCUCACCAGCUCAUGCCGGGUGUUUGAAGCUGGAGGGGCAGACAGGAAGGGGCGAUGUUAACAAAGGGCUGCCGCCUUAUCCUUCGUGCCACUGCCGGGGGACUGGAUUUCUUGAUUUCUCCCUACACACACACGCCCAAAUGUGCCUUCAGGUGCCUGUCGCAUUGGCACGGCCAGAUAUCAGGGAUGUAUCUCCUCCUAGCUGCAAGCAGGAACUGUUACGGGAUGGAUCUUUUGACUAGCUGCAUCAUGAAUGUGAAUUCCAGGGUGACUUUCGUUCUCCCGCUGCAAAUGGAAAGAGUUCUGUUCCAGGCACUUGGCAGAUGUUUUGCCCUCCGGGCAAAGACGAAAUCACCACUGGCUGCACCCUGUCGAGGCAGUAGGGGAUGAUCAGGAUCAUGGAGAUUUGAAGGUGAGACCGUGCUCUGCAAAGGACAUGGCCAUUGUCAAAACAAAGGAAGCGGGUUGGUGGGGGGUCACCUGUUCUGUUUUGUGCUCUUUACUGUGUGAUUCAGGAGGUGGAGGAUCUUGAAUAAUGAAGAAUCUCUUUCAAGCAGUGCCUGGAAUUCGUCAAGGUGGCUAGGUCUCGGAGGUUAGGAGAAUUGGGGAGGAUUCCGUAUCCUCUGUCAGUUCUGUUCUGCCAUGCCUUUCUCCUUUGCAAGACGUUUGAUGGCAAAACCCUGCUAAUUUGCAAAGGGGCGCAGGGCCAGGUUCUUCAGCUCUGUUGCAAAUCGAGGCCUCCACCUUCAUUAGUGCCUGGGAAGCAGCUCUGAAAAGAGGUAGGGUGAUUUGGGUCCGUCUCUUCUUGCGAAUUAGUACAUGUAUUGGCAAACAUGGGCACAAUCCACCAGUAGCUUUCCACGUGUGCUAUUGUGGAAUUUCUGCCCAUUUUUAAAGAGGCCAGCAUAAGAGAAUCUCCUGGUGGAUUGCGUUUCUGGUCUCUCGGUGCUGCCCAAAAAACAUGGGAUGAAGGACGGGCCUGACCUUUUUAUUUCGGAAAUGUCUACUUUAUGCCCGGAUAGGUUUGCGCCUUGCUGAAGACAUUUUUUAAGUCUCUCUCUGGUUGAGAAAAUGACUGUUAGGUUUGAAAGCCUGCUUCUUCCAAGCCUGGCCCUUGUGUUCAGUGCUAUGCUGCUCACCAACAGUGUGCACCAACUAUGAUGUUCACAGAAGCUGUUCCUCACUGACCCUUAGGCAAAAAGAGAGAGGGACUUUGCAGUGCUUUUCUGGUGCAGAGGCAGCCAGCUUACUUGGCCUCAAUCAAAAUGAAUGAAGGGGCAUUGGUGCACCUUUUAGAAAACAACUAAAGGCAGACAAAAGAGGGCGAGGUCAGGCUUUUCUGCCGUGGGAGCGACUGAGUUUUUAAAGUCUCUCUGAGGGCAGGUUGCAACAGCCAGAGAGCUGAAGAUCGAUCAAAUAGGUCUACAAAGGGGUUGCAAAGAAGAUCUACCUGUUUACCUAUCGAGUGAUAGAUGGGCUGAAGGGCCGCUUUACACUUUGUGGCCAGGCGGGAUCCGCCGAUGCGAACGCCAGUAAUUCUGCAGAGCGUAGAGGAAGACUUUUGUCCCCGUGCACUUGGGAACAUGCGGUGGAUUUGCACCUGGGAGCUGCAGUUCGUGGCUCCUUGACAAGUGUUCCCUGCACGUUUGGACACACACGGCUCCCCUUUCACGUGUUUUACCUGGCUGCAGCACAAAGCAGUGAGAAAGCAGCUGAAUGUAGUAUCCUCAACAUUCAAAAGUAACAUUAGCUAAUGUUACCUACUCUGGGGAAAGAUGGCAGCUGCAUCAUGUCCAGGACAGGCAGGGUUGAGGAAUCUCAGGCUACACGUGGCCAUAUAAAAAGAGAAUUUGCAACUGCAUGCAGGUGGAGGUGCCUCCUGCUAAUAUACUCCCCCCCCCUUAGCCAUUCCCUGACUUUAAAUUUAUUUUAGUUUCAUAUCAGUCUUCGCUUCAGGGAUAAAGCAAUAAUGAAGUUGAGCCUCAGAAAGAUGCUUCAUCAGUUUCAGCAAGUUCUGCUGUCCUUCACAACAGGGAUUAAUUUUAUUUAAUUAUGGGGUUAUGGUGGGUUUCACGCACAGCCCCCCUCCCCACCUGUAACAUUGCAAACGAUUGCCCCCCCUCUUGGUAUGCAGCACCUUCGACACCAGUUCCAGCCUGGCUGAGACCAGCAACCACUAGCCUCGGCCUCCUGCCGCCUUAGGCCUCUGUUUUAUUGCAUUUUUAUUUUUCCAAGAGAAUGUACGUAACCCUAAUGGGAAUUCCUUUAAAAUGUACAUUGAUGCCUUACAAUAACAUGACUGAUAAAUGUUGAAUUAAACUAAACUUUGUGACUUUCUGA